AUGAUUUAUUUAAUUCUUUCAAUGACAACAGCAUUUUGGUUACUACCAAAUGAGAUUUUUUCAUUGUUUUAUUGUAUCAUUGUUAUUGUUGUAGUUACAUUUAUAACUCUUGAUUGUUCAAAAAAUGUAGACUUAGUUGCUAAAAAAAAUAAAGCAGCAUCAGAAUGCACUACAUCAAAAGGUGAAAAACUAAGUAAAUUACCAACACGAAAUCUUCCAGACCAUCUUUUACUUGAUGCUAUGGAAACUUGUCGUAAAAAUUCAAACGAAAAAAAUGUAAAGAAACCAAUUAAAUCAGAAAAAAUAGUCUCAAGUUAUGCAACAAAGGAGUUUGGUAAUGUGGAUUUAAAAAAAGAAAGUAACAAAGAAACAAAUAAAAAUGAUAUUAUAACUGAUAAAAAGAAUGAAGUGACAGCUGCAGUGGUUAAAGAUGACAAAACUUAUGUAGAUUUGGCACGACUAAAAAAUCUUGAAAAAAUGUUUUAG